AUGAGAUGGAUCAACUCCCCAUCACAGGAGGCGACCACCUUCAGACCCAAUACUCCGAAAAUCCACAAUUUGCGACUGGAUACUGGGAAGAUACCAAUGGAUCCUGGGAUGAUCCCAGUAUCUCCAUCCUCACUGACAUUCAACAGUUCUACACCAACGAGUACAACUGACUCAUCAGUGUACGAACUCUGGAGAAAGAUGAUGGAGACGCCGCUGAUAAAGCAGAAUGGUGAGGAACCACCUUCAAAGAAAUCAACAACCCUUUCCUCCCUACCCGGGGAAUCAAUCAAGAAGGUGGACAUACCACAGCCGGUAGAAACCGACGCAGGAGGACAUCGAAGAGAUGAAUCUCUAGAGCUGAUUGGAAAUGCUGGACCAAUGCUCCAUGCCUCAGAACUCGGAGGGGGAAUCUACUCCCCCACUGAAAUUUCAAGAAAGGCAUGGGGAGUCCACACCGGACUGGGUACCUCCUCACAGGAACUAUCCCUCAAGGGAGAUGUCUCCUGUUGGAGCCCAGACACCGACUCCUCCUAUGAGGCAGAAGUCAUCCAGCUCAAAUCUGAAGUCACCUCCAGGAGAUCUGCUCGCCUCUGUAACUGGCUUGCACACGGAAUCCACCAAUUGGCUAGGAAGGAAAGAGGAGUGGCUGAGGAAAAAGGGAUACUGGAUUGGGGGGCCAUCUUUCCAGUGGAUUACUGGAUCACCCCCGAAGAGGGAUCCUGGGACCUACCCACCAUGCCCUCUGACUCAAAUGCUGAUGACACCUGGCACUUCAUUGCUGGGGACAGUUGGGAAUCCCCCUGGCCAGAAACCUCCUAUGAGGCCUUUCCAUGGGAGAACGAGCAGUAUGAGGCCAUCUGGCCCAACCCAAUGGCCAGAACGCACAUUGAUGAAAACCUAUGGGACUCGCUCUCCACCCCCUUAUUUGUGGGGGAAGAAUACCAAACAGUCCCAGAGGCAGAAGAAGGCGGCAAUACCCUUACCGACACCUCCUCUGAUGAUGACGGGACCAUCCACAUCUUUGGUGCUGAAUUUCAGCACUGA